UCAAUAUGAACAUCGAACACAAGACAUGGAAAAAAAACCAAUAAUAGUAAAGAGUCCAAAAAGUGUACACCUCACCAAACUAUCCCAACAGAAGUUAACCUUCAAGCUAAAGCAACCCCACCUGCCCCUCCACCCCGCACCCCACCCCACGCCCACCCCCACCCGCCCCACCCCACCCCUUGUCGGCAAACACACCAAAAACACACACUCUUAAACAGAUUCAGCUCAAGUCAAAUGCUAAAUUGAACAAUCUAAGACUUCAAGAACUCAUUUUUACUGUGUUUUUGUGUGGAUUAAGGUUGUCAGAUUUUCAAUGUUAGUUCAAGAUCGCAACAAUGGUGUUCCUAAAUCACCAAAACAAACAAACCCCACUAGCAAAACAUCCUCAAGAACAUCAAGAACCAAGAAUCUUGAAUUCCCACAAUGGAUUCUUGAUAAUCUUUACAAAAUCAUCACCAUUUUCCUCUUAAUAUCCACCAUUGUUGUAUUCUUCUACCUUCAUAAUAGCAGUAAUAGUACUAAUACCACUACUCUCUUUUGCUUGCAAUCAACUCAAACUCAUGUAAUUCGACCUGAAUUUCCAAGAAUCAAUUGGAAUAAUGUGCCAGUGAUCACAGACAUGGGUACUAGGUAUGCAAAUUUUCGAUCUGAGAAAUGGAUUGUUGUGUCUGUAUCAGAUUACCCUUCGAAUUCAAUUAGGAAGCUAGGGAGGAUUAAAGGGUGGCAAGUACUUGCAAUUGGGAAUUCAAGAACACCUAAAGAUUGGAAUGUGAAAGGUAUAAUUUACUUGUCUUUAGAUAUGCAAGCUAAGUUAGGAUUUAGAGUUGUUGAUUACUUGCCUUAUGAUUCAUAUGUUAGAAAAACUGUUGGUUAUUUGUUUGCUAUACAACAUGGUGCUAAAAAGAUAUUUGAUGUUGAUGAUCGCGGCGAUGUUAUUGAUGAUGAUAUUGGUAGACAUUUUGAUGCUGAAUUGAUUGGUGAGGGUGCUAGGCAAGAAGUGAUUUUGCAGUAUAGUCAUGAGAAUCCUAAUAGGACUGUGGUUAAUCCGUAUAUACAUUUUGGGCAACGGUCUGUUUGGCCGAGAGGUUUGCCAUUGGAAAAUGUAGGUGAGAUUGGACAUGAGGAGUUUUACACUGAGAUUUUUGGUGGAAAACAGUAUAUUCAGCAAGGGAUAUCGAAUGGUUUACCGGAUGUGGAUUCGGUGUUUUAUUUUACUAGGAAGUCGGGGCUUGAAGCGUUUGAUAUUAGAUUUGAUGAGCAUGCUCCGAAAGUGGCAUUGCCUCAGGGUAUGAUGGUGCCGGUUAAUUCAUUUAAUACGAUUUUUCAUUCAUCUGCAUUUUGGGGUUUGAUGCUGCCGGUUUCGGUUAGUACAAUGGCUUCUGAUGUUUUAAGAGGAUAUUGGGCACAGAGGUUGUUAUGGGAGAUUGGUGGGUAUGUUGUGGUGUAUCCUCCCACUGUUCAUCGGUAUGAUAGAAUCGAGGGAUACCCUUUUUCAGAAGAGAAAGAUCUACAUGUGAAUGUUGGCCGUUUAACCAAGUUUUUGGUAGCGUGGAGAUCAGGUAAACACAGGUUGUUUGAAAAGAUUUUGGAGUUAAGCUAUGUAAUGGCGGAAGAAGGCUUUUGGACUGAGAAAGAUGUCAAGUUCACUGCAGCAUGGCUUCAAGAUCUGCUUGCUGUUGGGUACAUGCAGCCACGGUUAAUGUCUUUAGAGUUGGAUCGGCAAAGGGCAAGCAUAGGCCAUGGCGACAGGAAGGAAUUCGUACCUCAGAAGUUGCCAUCUGUACAUCUCGGGGUAGAAGAGAUUGGUAAAGUGAAUUAUGAAAUCGCCAAUUUGAUUAAGUGGAGGAAGAAUUUUGGCAAUGUUGUGCUCAUAAUCUUUUGUAGUGGACCUGUCGAGCGUACUGCCUUGGAAUGGAGAUUGCUUUAUGGCAGGAUAUUUAAGACAGUUAUCAUAUUGUCAAACCAGAAGAACGUAGAUCUUGCCGUUGAAAAAGGAAAUUUGGAUUAUAUAUACAGGGAUGCGCCAAAGAUAUUUGAUAGAUACACUAGUGCAGAAGGCUUUCUAUUUCUCCAGGACGAUACUAUCCUUAAUUACUGGAACUUACUUCAAGCGGACAAGUCAAAGCUCUGGAUAGCAAACAAGGUAUCCAAGUCAUGGCACGCUAUUCCGCUAGCUAACCAAUCGGACUGGUUUGUGAAGCAAGCUGACGCUGUUAAGAAAGUGGUAGCAACAAUGCCGGUACAUUUGCAAGUCAAUUACAAAGAGACAACGAAAGGUGAUGACACCUUAACGAUAUGCAAUUCAGAGAUAUUCUACGUCCCUCGGCGAUUUGUAUCCGACUUUGUCGACCUCGUUAAUCUAGUAGGGAAACUAGACAUGCAUCAUAAGGUUGCAGUGCCAAUGUUCUUUACAGCUAUGGAUUCUCCACAGAACUUCGAUUCAGUGUUGAAUUCAAUGGUUUACAAGAACAAGCCUCCUGGCAAUUUAACGACAAUCUAUUCAGCUGAGGCGCCUGCAAUUCACCCGUGGAAAGUGUCAAGUGAGCAAGAGUUCAUAAAACUGAUCAGAGUUAUGGCAGCAGGCGACCCCCUAUUGAUGGAGUUGGUAUAGUCUAAUGAUAGUAACACUAAGGAUACUUGAUGUAAAGCAUGUAAAGUUUAUGUGCAGCUGAAUUCGACUAUUCUUUUGUACCAUUUCAUUAGUAGGGGGGGAAUGGAGUGAAAGAAAGGUUUUGUUCUCUUGUAGAUUUUUGUUGUAAUACUGUUUUUAACUCUCAAAAGUUUUGUGGCAAAGAGAAUUGAAGGAGAAAA